CAUGGUUUUGUCACAACCUAUCUCAUGGUUGGUUGUAUUAGUUGAACUUUGUUCAGAAAUGCUUACAACUACUGCAUUUUUUUCCUUUACAGUUCAAACUUUGCAGACUAUAUGUUCUUUUGUUCUUGUCUUUCUCCAUGAUAACUUUUAGAGCAGUAAAUUAGAAUGCCUUUCCUUGUUAGCAUCUCUUGCUGCAGUUAGGCAAGCACACUUUUCUUUCUCAUUAUUUGACAGGAGACAGGUGAUAAGGCAAACUUCACCAAUUUGGGAUUUUAUUAAUCAUGUCUUCUUCUGCUUCUUCUCCAUGGCUCUCAUCUCUUGAGUGUUCAUCUUCUGCAAUUGUUACUUCAGACCAUUCAUCCUUACUCUCAGUUGUAAUCCAAUGGUUGAGAUUCAUUUUUCUGUCACCAUGCCCCCAAAGACUCCUCUUUUCAGCCAUUGAUCUCAUCUUCCUACUCUCCGUAUUAGUGUUAGCUAUCCAAAAGCUAUGCAUUAGGUUCAUAAGGAGGAAAAACAAGAGAUCCUACGAGAAUGGAUCUGAGAGGCUACACUACUAUAAGGCAACCCUUUUGUUCUAUCUAUCUUUGAUUGUGACCUCUCUCUUAGCCUUAGCUUAUAGCAAUCUUUGCAUCUUCACUUUCAUCAAAGGCCUCAAUUCAAAAUGGGAUUUCAUUGAAGCCUUGUUCAUGUCACUUCAAGCCGUAACUCAUAUCACACUUUUUGUCCUUAUUGCCCUAGAGAAAAGAUAUGGAGUUGUUGAUCACCCCAUGUCCAUUCGAGCCUAUUGGACCGCAAACUUUUCGGUUGCAUGCUUAUUUGCAGCCUCUGCGGUCACCCGAUUAGUCUAUUUCGGGUACAAAGAGGAUUUGGGCACCAGCAUGGACGAUUUAUUUUUCUUGGCUUCCCUACCGUUAUGCUGUUAUCUCUUUAUAAUGACCGUGAAAGGAUCAAGUGGUGUUCAUAGCGUAGUUCGGGAGGUGGAUACUAGUAAUGUGAGUGGCUAUGCUAAAGCUUCAGUGUUGUCUAAGGCGAUGUGGAAUUGGAUGAAUCCAUUAUUGACUAAAGGGUAUAAAUCCCCUUUAACAAUUGAUGAAGUCCCCUCCCUUCCGCCUGAUUUUGAUGCAGAACGGAUGGGAGAGCUUCUACGAAAGAAUUGGCAUGUAUCCAAUGACAGUACUAUUCCGAGUAACACCAAACACCCCAUACUUAAAGCGUUAGCACGUAGCUUUUGGAAAGACCUGAUGUUCACGGGAUUUCUAGCUACGGUGCGUUUGGGUGUCAUGUACGUUGGCCCGCUCCUUAUAAAAAGUUUUGUCAAGUUCACUUCAGGGGACAGAACCAAAAGCCCUUAUAAAGGGUACUACCUAGUGAUGGCCCUUUUGGGUGCAAAAGUGACUGAAGUCAUGGCCUCCCACCAUUUCAACUUCCAUUCCGCGAAACUCGGGAUGUUAAUACGCAGUUCGAUAAUGACUACAUUGUACAAAAAAGGCCUACGUCUGUCUUGCACGGCACGACAGGCGCACGGGGUGGGCCAGAUCGUGAACUACAUGGUGGUGGACUGCACCAUGAUAUCCGAUAUGAGUUCACAACUACACACAAUAUGGAUGAUGCCAAUGCAGCUAGUGGCAGCUCUCCUCCUCCUGUACAUUUACAUUGGUUCCCCUGUGAUUGCAUCCUUAGGGGCCGUUUGCCUAGUAACGGCUUUAACAUUUGUCAUGGCUAUCUGGGCGAACACCUUCCAAUUCAAUCUGAUGGCGAAUCGGGACCAGAGGUUGAAAGCGAUCAACGAGGUGCUCGGGAAUAUGCGUGUGAUCAAGUUCCAGGCGUGGGAAGAACAUUUCAGUAAGAAAAUUCAAGCAUUCCGCCUGGUCGAGUUUGGGUGGUUGGGCAAACUCAUGUACCUGAUGGCUACGAAUCUGUCGUUUCUCUGGAGCAUACCAAACGUCAUCUCCGCCGUGACGUUCGUCGUGGCGGUUCUGUUCAAAAUCCCGCUCGACGCCGGAACGGUUUUCACGGCGACGACGAUAUUGAAGAUCUUGCAGGAACCGAUUCGAACCUUCCCGCACAUGGUCAUAUACACUGUACAAGCGUACACCUCCCUGAAAAGGCUGGAUGCUUACCUCACUAGCCCUGAAUUGGAUAACAAGUUUGUCCAGAGAGAAGAUGGUUCCGGCGGCGGCGAUGACGUCACUGUGGAGGUCAAAAAUGGGAAUUUCUGCUGGGAUGAGAAAGACGAGAAGAAAGUGUUGAGAGAUAUAUGCUUUGAAGUGAGGAAGGGGGAGCUCGCUGCCAUUGUUGGAACGGUCGGGUCGGGGAAGUCUUCCUUAUUGGCUUCGGUUCUCGGCGAACUCCAUAAAUUAUCAGGAAAGGUGAGAGUGUGUGGUACUACUGCUUAUGUGGCACAAACCUCAUGGAUACAAAAUGCAACUAUUCAAGACAACAUUUUGUUUGGUUCGCCAAUGGACAGGGAAAGAUACAAUGAUACAAUAAAGGUUUGCUCCUUAGAGAAAGAUUUUGAAACCAUGGAACAUGGUGACCAAACGGAGAUCGGAGAACGGGGAAUUAACCUAAGUGGUGGACAGAAACAGAGGAUACAACUAGCUAGAGCAGUUUAUCAGGACUGUGAUAUUUAUCUUCUUGAUGAUGUUUUUAGUGCUGUUGAUGCUCAAACAGGAUCUGAAAUAUUUAAGGGAUGUGUGAGGGGAGCUUUGAAAGAUAAAACGGUUCUUCUUGUGACUCACCAAGUUGAUUUCCUGCACAAUGCUGAUCUUAUAAUGGUUAUGCGAGAAGGUAAGAUCGUGCAAUCAGGAAAGUACACGGAUCUUCUAGAAUCCGGUAUGGAUUUUGGUGAUCUAGUUGCUGCACAUGAGAACUCAAUGGAGCUUGUGGAAACAAGUUCAUCCGUUUCCGACAAAAACCACCCAAAAUCCCCCCGCCAGCAAUCUCCUAAAUCGCUUCAUAAACCUGAGGACCAGCUGGAGCCAAAAGACCAACCUGAACCGAAUGCUGACUCGAAGCUCAUCGAAGACGAGCAACGAGAAACCGGGCAUGUGAGUUUUGAUGUCUACAAGCAAUAUUGCACUGAGGCAUAUGGAUGGUGGGGAGUGAUCGUGGUGAUGAUCGCAUCAAUUUUAUGGCAACUUGGGGUGAUGGCAAAUGAUUAUUGGCUUGCAUAUGAAACUUCAAGUGUGGAUGGCUUUAAACCUUCGUUGUUCAUCAUCAUUUAUUCAACGAUAGGAGGCAUUUCCUGCAUACUUGUGGUGCUUAGAUCAUUUGUUGUAGCGGCUUUGGGUUUGAAAACAUCUCAAGGCUUCUUUACUCAAAUCAUAGGUAGCAUCCUCCGUGCUCCAAUGUCCUUCUUCGACACUACUCCAUCUGGAAGAAUUCUAAGCCGAGUAUCAAUAGAUCAAGCAUCAGUUGAUUUCGUUAUCCCUUUGUUACUGAGUAGUUCAUUGGCACUGUUCUUUACGGUAAUAGGCAUAUUGAUCGUAAUGUGUCAGAAUGCUUGGCCAACUGUAUUCCUCCUCUUCCCACUCAUUUGGCUUAAUAUCUGGUAUAGGAAAUAUUAUAUUGCAUCAUCAAGGGAGUUAACCCGGCUCGAUUCCAUUACUAGAGCUCCAAUCAUUCACCACUUUUCAGAGACGAUUAACGGAAUUAUGACCAUACGCUGCUUUAGGAAGGAGGAGACGUUCUUCCAGGGGAAUGUUGACAGGGUGAAUGCAAAUUUGAGGAUGGACUUUCACAACAAUGGAUCAAAUGAGUGGUUUGGUUUUCGCCUCGAGUUCAUAGGAAGCGUUUUGCUUUGUGCCUCCACCCUUUUCAUGGUUAUGAUUCCUAGCAAUGUUAUUGGAUCAGAGUAUAUCGGGAUGGCUCUGUCUUAUGGCCUGUCCUUGAAUAGUGUUCUCUUCACCUGUGUCUCCACGUUUUGCGUCAUGGAGAAUAGAAUGGUUUCAGUUGAAAGAAUAAAACAGUUUAUAAAGAUCCGGCCAGAAGCUGCAUGGAAGACAAGUUUUGUUCCACCUUCAAAUUGGCCCAAUCAUGGAAACAUUGAGAUAAAAGACUUGAAGGUUAGGUAUAGGGACAAUGCUCCUCUUGUUCUGAAAGGAAUAACCGUUGGCAUCAAUGGCGGCGAAAAGAUUGGGGUGGUCGGGAGAACCGGAAGCGGGAAGUCCACACUGAUACAAGUGUUUUUCCGGUUGGUGGAGCCUGCCGGCGGCAGUAUUAUAAUAGAUGGAAUUGACAUUUGCAAACUAGGGCUUCACCGUCUGAGAUCUCGGUUUGGGAUCAUUCCUCAAGAGCCAGUUCUUUUCGAAGGAACAGUCAGAAACAAUAUUGAUCCACUUGGGUUGUAUUCUGAUGAUGAAAUAUGGAAGAGCCUUGAGCGGUGCCAGUUAAAAGAAGUUGUUGCUGAGAAGCCGGGUAAACUUGACGCUUCAGUGGCUUACUCGGGAGACAAUUGGAGUGUGGGACAAAGGCAGCUUCUUUGCUUAGGGAGAGUGAUGCUAAAGAACACUCAAAUUCUGUUCAUGGAUGAAGCAACGGCUUCCGUUGAUACUCAAACGGACGUUGUCAUUCAAAGGGUGAUCCGUGAGGACUUCAUCAACUGCACAGUUAUCACCAUUGCUCAUAGAAUUCCGUCUGUUAUUGACUGUGACCGUGUGCUCAUCAUAGACAAUGGAUGGGUAAAAGAAUUUGAGGCGCCAGGGAAGUUGUUGGAGCGACCUUCGUUGUUUCGGUCAUUGGUUCAAGAAUACUCACAUAGAUCAUCUGGGGUUUAAUCCACACCCUUUAAGUUCAUCAUAGAAUCGAUCUGAGUUGGGUUUUGAUCAGUCGGAAAGUGUUCGAGACUGGUCAAUGCUUGUUUUGACAUUUUCAUUCUUUCAUCAAAGCAACUAUUUUUGAAUUGAGGAUGAAAAGCUCAAAAAGCAAAUUUCUGGAGUGAAAGAAUCCUUCUUCAGCUACAUUUGUCCAUCUCUUCUGCCUCUUCAGUUUUAUGUGUCCUACAUUGUUGCAUUGCAACGUUGCAUUACUUGCAUAUGUACGUAAUAUGUAAGUUGGAUUAUUGGACUUAUAUUGCAUGUAAUAUUCACAAUAUAUUAUUUAUCGGGUUUAAUUGUAUGUUA